GAGGCGGGCGGCGCUGGCGGGCACAGCUGCGGCGCCGCGCCCGGGCCGGCACCGGCACCGGCACCGGCACCGGCACCGCCCGCGGGACCCGGGGCUGCCUCCCGCCGCGGGGCUCCGCCGGCCCGGGCCGCAUCUCUCCCUCCCCUCUUCUCUCCCCUCCGCCGCCCCCCGGGCCAAUAAAAUGAUGCAAAGCUCCGCACUCGCUGCCGAAGGGGCUGUCAAGGGGCUUCCCGAGAUCCUCGGUGUGCCGGUGCAACAGAUCCCCCAGUGCGCCGGCUGCAACCAGCACAUCCUGGACAAGUUCAUCCUCAAGGUCCUGGACCGGCACUGGCACAGCUCCUGCCUCAAGUGUGCCGAUUGCCAGAUGCAGCUGGCCGACCGCUGCUUCUCCCGGGCCGGCAGCGUCUACUGCAAGGAGGACUUCUUCAAGCGUUUCGGGACCAAAUGCACGGCGUGCCAGCAGGGCAUCCCCCCCACCCAGGUGGUCCGCAAAGCCCAGGACUUCGUCUACCACCUCCACUGCUUCGCCUGCAUCAUCUGCAGCCGGCAACUGGCCACCGGCGACGAGUUCUACCUGAUGGAGGACGGGCGGCUGGUUUGCAAGGAGGACUAUGAGACCGCCAAGCAGAACGAUGACUCCGAGGCGGGCGCUAAGCGGCCCCGGACCACCAUCACGGCCAAGCAGCUGGAGACGCUGAAGAACGCCUACAAAAACUCCCCCAAGCCCGCACGGCACGUGCGGGAGCAGCUCUCCUCUGAGACGGGCCUCGACAUGAGGGUGGUGCAGGUGUGGUUCCAGAACCGCCGGGCCAAGGAGAAGCGGCUGAAGAAGGACGCGGGGCGGCAUCGCUGGGGCCAGUUUUACAAGAGCGUCAAGAGGAGCCGCGGGGGCGGCAAGCUGGAGAAGGAGAGCUCGGCCGAGGACUGCGGCGUCAGCGACAGCGAGCUCAGCUUCCGCGAAGACCAGAUCCUCUCCGAGCUCGGCCACACCAACAGGGUUUACGGCACCGUGGGGGACGUGGCGGGCGGACAGUUGCUGAACGGCAGCUUCUCCAUGGAGGGGACGGGACAGUCGUACCAGGACUUGCGGGACGGCAGUCCCUACGGCCUCCCCCAGUCGCCGUCCUCCAUCUCCUCCCUGCCGUCCCACCCACCCUUGCUCAACGGGCUGGACUACGCCAUGGACGGCAGCCUGGGGCUGGUGGCCCACGGGGCGCAGGGGGUGAGUCAGACGCUGCGGGCCAUGGCCGGGGGGGGCCCCACCUCCGACAUUUCCACGGGGAGCAGCGUCGGGUACCCAGACUUUCCCACCAGCCCGGCCUCCUGGCUGGACGACAUGGAUCACCCCCCUUUCUAAGCGCCGCUCGCCCCCCGCCCCGGCCCCCCCUCGCUCCCCCCCAGCCCGCAAGCGCAGCACCGAGGGCGCCCGCCGGCGGUUGACCUUUCCAGGAUUUCCCAUGGGAAUCGGCCCCGGAGGGCUGGAGGGGUGGGGGGGCGGCAUCGGCGAUGGCCAGGGGCGGUUGUGCCCAGGGUGGGGGGCACGGAUGCCUUUGGGUGUAAGCACAAGAGAGGUGUCGGCGGCACAUGGGACGCACGGUGAGGACUCCGGCGCGGGGCUGGGGCACGGCGGGAUGUGCGAUGGCGUAAGCCGGCGGGAGGGAAGGACAAUCGGGGAUGGCAGAAUCCGUCCCGGUGCCCGCACCAGCCCUGCACCCCUCCUGCCGAGCACCGCUGCUAUUUUCAAGAGUUAUUUUUCGAUAUGGAGUUGCAACAUGACUCGGCGCUGCCUGGAGCUUCAGCGUAAAGAAAAGUCUAUAUUGUAGAAGGGUUUAUUUUAGCGAGGCUGGGGACCUGUCCAGGCAGGGCCAUUGCCCCACUGCCCGGGGGGGGGAUGCUGCCCGCUCCAGGCACAGUGGGACCGAAGCCGUCGCACGGUGGCUGUGGGGCCGUGAUUUAUCCCCAGGCAUGUGGGAGUGCUUACGGUGCGUCACUGUGGGUUUUACCUCGGUCGCGCAGCAGGGAGGAAUUAAAAAAGAAAAAAAAAAGCCUCUAGCCUGAGAUGCCGCUGGGCAGCGGCAGGGCCGGCCGGGAUGCUCGAGGCUGGCACGUGCAGAGCAGCUGCUGCAAGUGCUGGGGAAGGGAAGGGUGAGUGGGAGAGGUGGGGAAUGUUUGCUCUGAGGGUAUUGCAAUAAAUUCCAACCCCCCAACACCCCCAAAGAGGGGAAAAAGGGCAUUUCAUCAGCUGCAGAAGCAGCUGCACGACGGUGAGCAGCAGAGGGGAUUGGGGUGUGAGACCCCUCAGCCAUCAGCCACCCCCCUUCUCCAGUGCCACGGGGCUGACAGGACCAGGGGCCGGUGCGGGCAGCCAGGGAGGACCUGGGUGGUUUUGGCACAGCCCGUGAGCCCCAUGGGGUCUGUUCCCGGCCGGGCCCACCCACUACCAGCCCCUUUCUCAAAACCCACAUCCCUAGGCUUGUGACGGCCACCUGCCCAUCGCUCCCGGCACAGCCUGCAACCCCCGCCCUUGCCAAGCUGAAGGCAUUCAGCCUGAUGGAUAAAAUCCAGCUCCACGCUUGCUGCCGGGGUGCCCGGCUCUGGCCUGGCCCUGCAGGGAUGCCCCAGCUGAGGGGUGCCCACCACCCCUGCUCCAGCUCUGGGGUGAUGCUGAU